GCCUGGUUUGCAGGAAUCGGAGUUGUGGAAGGCUUCCAAAUUGUCCGAGAAAAACGCAACCUCGCAGGAGAGGAUUUAAUCUUCUAAAGAAUCGAGUUAGCCGGAAAACACCCGUUCUAGGGGCUGUUUUCGUAUCAACGAUUAAGGGUUGAACUAGCACUUUGAGGAGGCUGUUUAACACUCAUAUUUGAGCAAGGAAUCAGUCCCAAAUCCACCUUGACCAAAGAUUUGACCAUUGGACCAAGAAGGGAAAGUUUAAAGCUCAAUUGAGGUUGAGGCUAGAGCUUGCUUCCUGUGCUCGUUGCUCGAGAGAUCAUCUAGGAGCGAAGACUUGAGAUGGACCGUGGUGGCAGGAUUACUAGGAGAAACCCGACGGGCCGUGUACCAGUGGAGACUGGACAGGGCAGUCGAAGGACCUCUAGGGCAUCUAGAGGAGCUGGCCGUGGAGGCCGAUCACAGACCGUGAGUGACGGUCAUGUUGACACGGAAAGUGAGACCUACUGGUCCUAUGAGGACUCGACUUACCAACCGGAGACAGAGCCGGUUGAGACCCCUUAUGAAGGGGAUGAUGACGAUGUAAGUGAUGAGGAGGAAAAUGGCUCCUUAGCACGGAUCGAAGCACUACUCCAACAAUACCACAGGGAGCGUGAAGAGAGGAGGCAACGCCGAAGACGCCGAGCGGGGCAACCUUCGGGCAUGGCUUCAAGAGGAGGAAGUCAUGGUGCAUCUAGAGUCCAUGUGGAACCACAUGGAGGCCAAAAUGAUGGAGGUCCAACCAUAAGGAUCUCCAAAUUUAUCAAAGAAGCAAGGGAUUUGGGGUGCAAACCCUUUGAUGGAGCAGGGGACAUUUCAGUUGCAGCACAAUGGAUCAAGAGGCUAAAUGAAGCAGCCCUUGACAUGCAAAUCGCGCCAAAUCUCAAACUGAGAAUUGCGGUAAGAUUGCUCGAGGGGAUGGCAUCCAAGUGGUGGGAUGGAACCAAGAGCAAGUACGGUGAGACCGUCGUUUGGGAGGACUUCCAACGGGAGUUCUUUGCCCAAUAUUAUUCUGAUUUUGAGGUGAACAAGAAGGUGAGGGAAUACACCCUCCUAACCCAAGGAGGUAACAUGACAGUGAAGGAACUUGAGUACAAGUUCCGGGAUCUCGCCGACUACAUACCGGAGUAUGCUUGUGACGAGAACCGAAUGGUAAACCACUUUUGGGAUGCUCUUGACUUGGAGAUACGUGAUAGGGCAACACAAUUGCCUAACAUGACUUUCGCCCAAGUGGUUGACCAAGCGUUGAAGGGGGAGAAACAGUGGGAGGAGAGGAAGAAGAGAGACGCCGAGGAGGCGAAAAAGAGAAAAUGGGAGAGUCAUGGCUCCCAAGGUUCCAACAAAAAGGGGAACCAUGGAGGAGGAUCUUUCCGUGCACCGCCGCCACCGUCUAGGGGGAAUCAAGGCCCGAGUGGGCAAGGCUCGAGGUCACAAACCUCGGUGGUAACUCGUUGCAACAAUUGCAAGAGGAACCACUCCGGUAAAUGUCGCGACCCCCCUAGAUGUUUUCAAUGUGGGGAUGCCGGGCAUUUGAAGGCGCAUUGCCCACAAUUGGGUGGGACAAGGACAUCGGGACCGAGCAGUGGCCCGACGGGUACACGGAAUCAAACCGGAGCGUCUCAAGCGAGCCGGGGACAUGGGGGAGCGAGUACGAGCAACGCACCAUCCGUGAAUCAAGGAAGAACUCAAGCUAGAGUUUAUGCGAUGACGGAGGCGGAUGCUCGAGCUAACCCGGACUCGGUUGCAGGUUGAAGCUCAAGCUUGCAUUCUCACCUUGCUCGGUGAAGUAAUCUUAAGGGAGACGUGAAAUGGAGGGUAGGCGCAUGCGGACCAGAAACAAUCCGAGAGGGCAAACACCGAUAGCUUCUGUUGGAGCUAGUCGGGCUGCAUCUCGGAGCUCUAGAGGUGGAAGAGGAGGCCGCGGAGGCCGUGGAGGUCGCGGGGGCCACCGAGCCCAAACAGUGAGUGAUGGCCACGUGAGUUCAGUGUACGAGACUAACACCGAGAACUAUGACUCUACCUAUGUUCCCGAGACAGAGCAUGAUGAGACCCCAUAUGCUGGGGGUGACUUCCACACCGACGAUGAGAACGAUGACGAGAGUGAUGCCCGGUUCGCCCAAAUGGGGGAACUCCUAGAGUGGUAUCAAAAGGAGAAGCAGAGGAGAGACAUGAGACGCCAAGCGAGGCGUGCCUCUCAAGGGGGUUCAGGCCAAGGAAGCCGGGAAGCUUCAAGGGCUAUUCCAAUGGAGCCACGAAGUGGCCGUGAGGGAGGUUUCUGUGUGAGAAUCUCCAAGUACCUGAAGGAGGCUAGGGCCUUGGGGUGUAGGUCCUUCGAUGGCACCGGUGACAUUACCGUUGCCGCCGAUUGGAUCAAGAAAGUGAAAGAUGCAUCAAGGGACAUGCAAAUUACUCCGGACGUGAAGCUAACUGUUGCUUCACGGUUGCUUGAGGGGAUGGCUUCUACAUGGUGGGAAGGUGUAGAAGGGAAGUACCGUGGAAAUAUCACAUGGGAAAAUUUUGAGCGGGAGUUUUAUGCCCAAUACUACUCCGAUUUUGAGGUUAAUGUGAAAAAGAGGGAGUAUACUAACCUCAAGCAGAAAGAGGGUUGUACUGUUAAGCAGCUGGAGCAGGAGUUUAGAACCUUGGCUAGGUUCUUACCGGAGUACGCGAUCGAUGAGGACCGCAUGACUGAGCACUUCUGGGAUGCCUUACUUUUAGACAUCCGAGACCGUGCUACAUACUCACGCCUCAUGACUUUCAGUGAGGUGGUAGAACAGGGCAUGUUGGGAGAGGCCCAGUGGAAUGAGAGGAAAGCAAGGGACGCCGAGGAGGCGAAGAAGAGGAAGUGGAACAGUUCGGGGCCGCCCGAUCAUUCCCGAAAGAACAACCAUGGUGGUGGUGGGGGCUCAUUCAAGGCGCCGGCUCCACCGGCGAAAAAGAAUAGGGACGGGAGGUGGCACGGACCUAGGCCACAGAACUCGGGAGCACCUAGGUGUCCCAAUUGCUCAAAACAGCAUUUUGGAAAGUGUAAUGAACCACCAAGGUGUUUCAAGUGUGGGAAUGCGGGCCAUAUGAAGGCCAAUUGUCCUCAAGCGACUCAGGAGAACACACCGGGAGCCGGAGGAGGGUCCAUGACGGGGAGGAACCGUGCGGGACCGUCACAUGGUGGCACGGGGAGAGGCGGCGCAUCAACGAGCCAUGCCGCGUCCGUCAACCAAGCCGGGGCCCAAGCACGAGUCUAUGCUAUGACCGAGGCCGAUGCCCGGGCUAACCCCGACUCCGUUGCAGGUUGAAGCUCAAGCUUGCAUUCUCACCUUGCUCGGUGAAGUAAUCUUAAGGGAGACGUGGUUCGUGCUUCCUUUACUGUUUUAAACUACAAACUAUGCUCAUGGAUAAUUUGUAAUAAGUACAUUUGUUUUGGGCCUGCGAGUCCACGUUUUGGCCAUAUGUGGCCCAUGAUUGAAUAUUGAAUAUUUCCGCGAUUCGUUCAAUCCAAAUAUGUGAUGUUGUUAUGUAUGUUUACUUACUGAGUAUGGUAUGAACAAUGUUCAUGGACG